CGGCAGGCUGUCAGACAGACAGACAGGCGUUUACUCCAUCGCGUUUCCAGCAGCAGGUGGUCACCGCGCGUCCAGCAUAUAUAGCCUAACCGCGGUUUGUGAAUGGGAUUAUGAGCGCAGAGCCUUCAGAGCACCUGGUUGUGAUGGACGGAGUACAAUAACUUCUUUGAACUUGCUCGGCUCUCUUUUGAUUUUCUCUUGAACGCGGAAAGUAAAGAUUGACAAUUUGGUAUUGUGUUUUUGACGGGCUGCGCGUCUCCGCGUGCGUAGAGUCUUCUGAUUUUUUUAAUUAUUUUUUUUCCAAGCUGAAUGUUGUUGCGUUAUAAAUAAUGGCCUUCGCUAGAUUCAGCAGAAUACUCCGUCUGCCCACUAUUGAGAUCAAAAAGAAAGUGAAGCAGUACGAGCACGUUCAUCGGGACAUCAAUCCUAAUGACUUAUGGGAAAUUAUUGGCGAGCUGGGCGACGGUGCGUUUGGAAAGGUCUACAAGGCCAAGAACAAGGAGACAGGAGUUCUGGCUGCAGCCAAAGUGAUCGAGACUAAAUGUGAGGAGGAGCUGGAGGACUACAUCGUUGAGAUUGACAUCCUGGCUAAAUGUGACCACCGCUACAUUGUCAAGCUGCUUGACGCAUUUUACCAUGACAACAAACUCUGGAUCAUGAUCGAGUUCUGUCCCGGAGGUGCCGUGGAUGCCACAAUGCUAGAGUUGGAUCGGGGGCUGACGGAGCCGCAGAUUAAGGUGGUUUGUCGCCAGAUGCUGGAAGCUCUGAGCUACCUCCACAGCAUGAAGAUCAUCCACAGAGACCUGAAGGCCGGUAACAUCCUCCUCAUGCUGGAUGGGGACAUCAAACUGGCUGAUUUUGGCGUGUCUGCAAAAAACACCAAAACCUUACAAAGAAGAGAUUCUUUCAUUGGAACGCCAUACUGGAUGGCCCCAGAAGUGGUAAUGUGUGAGACAAUGAAGGAUGCUCCGUACGACUACAAGGCCGAUGUCUGGUCUCUGGGAAUCACUCUGAUUGAGCUCGCCCAGAUUGAACCCCCGCACCAUGAGCUCAACCCCAUGAGGGUGCUGUUGAAGAUCGCCAAGUCAGAGCCUCCCACCCUGGAGCAGCCGCACAAAUGGUCACAAGAGUUUAAAGAUUUCCUGAAGAAAGCUUUGGACAAAAAUCCAGAGACUCGUCCGACUGUAGCCCAACUCAUCGAGCACCCUUUUGUGAGAUCAGUAACGUCUAACCGCCCGCUGCGGGAGCUGGUGGCCGAGGCCAAGGCUGAAGUCAUGGAGGAAAUAGAGGACAAUAGAGAGGAAGGAGAGGAGGACGACGUUAUGGAGCUCACUGUGUCUCCAGGAAAGGAGCCAUGUAAGACCAGUCAGACCAGUUUGGAAGCAGACCAGUCUCCGGACACCCCGAGCCCCACCACACCCUCCCCACCCACAUGUAUACCUCCACCCAGGAAGGAGGUCGAGCCAGGUACACCAACAGAGGAGCAGCCGGGCGUCGUCACGGUGGCCCCUGUUCCUCUACCACGGCAGAAUCUCCCUCCAAAGGGUCCAGAGGGGUUGGAUGACAAACUGGCCGAUGAAGUCGUUCUUGAGUCUGAGAAGUCUGAAAGUGAGGCCUCAACUAGGACCUCAAGCUCAGAUUCGGGCAUUGAGGAUGGGAAGAGUACCCCCACAUCGGAGGAAAAGGUUGCUGUGGAGACCCCAGAGACGGAACAGCCACCAUCUCCCACUCAGCCCGAGGCAUCUGCGCAACGUGUUGACAUCAUCAUAGAGUCAACAGACCCAGAGGUGCCCAAGGUCCAGGUGACCGAGAAGAAGAGCAACGUUGAGGCUAAUGGAGACCUUCCAACUCCGAGCCAAAGUCCCCCUGUCACUCCUACACCCACUCCCGCUCCCUCUUCUGCUCCUACCCCAGUACCUACACCCCGUUCUGAGCUGAAUGGUAGCCUACCCAAGGGUACCCCAGAGCAGACAUCGACAGGAGGAAACGCAGAUGCCGUCUCACCUUAUAUCAAUGGAGGGAUUAUCAACAAACGGUACUCUUAUUCAGGCAGCAUGGCGUCAGAGAGCAUGGACAUGUCGAUCCACAAGGAGAACAUCUCAAUGUCUGCAAGGGACUUCUCGAGUAAGACUCUGAAGCGAACCAGGAAGUUUAUUAUUGACGGGGUGGAGGUGAGCGUGACCACCUCCAAGAUCAUCAGGGAUGAUGAGAAGAAAGAUGAAGAGAUGAGAUUCCUGAGACGUCAAGAGCUGCGUGAGCUCCGUUUGAUGCAGAAGGAAGAGCACCGCGCUCAGGCUGGCCUAAACGCCAAACUGGAAACACAGAAAGAACAAAUGCAGAGACGUUUUGACCAGGAGCUGAAUGCCAAGAAGAAGCACUACGAUGUGGAGCUGGAGAACCUAGAGAAGCACCAGAAGCAGACUAUUGAGAAGAUGGAGGGAGACCACCAUGUUAAACUCAAGGAAGAGACCAAACGCAUCAAAGCGGAGCAGGACCGCGACUACAACAGGUUCCAGGAUCAGAUAAAACACAAGAAAAAGGAGGUAAAACAAUCUGUCGAUAAACUGCCCAGAAGUCAGCGUAAAGAAUCCAUGAAACAGAUGAUAAAUUCCUUCCAAGAAACUAAGAUAAGAGAGGAGGAGAAAUUCUUGGCCGCUCAGAAGAACCACCUGGACACAACGCUGAAGAGAAUCAUCUCCAACAACAAGCGAGAGAUUGCAGAGAUGGAGAGGGAAUGCCUUAACAAGAAACACCAACUAAUCCGAGAGCGUGAAGCUACGAUAUGGGACAUCGAGGAGAAGAACCUUUACGAGAGGCACCAGUUACUCAAGCAGCAGCUGAAAGACCAGUACUUCCUGCAGAGGCAUCAGCUUCUCAAAAAACACGAGAAGGAACAGGAACAGAUGCAAUGCUACAAUCAGCGAAUGAUUGAGAUUCUGAAAGGUCGGCAGCAGCAGGAGAAGAACCGGCUGCCUAAGAUCCAGCGUAGCGAGGCAAAGACCCGCAUGGCCAUGUUCAAGAAGAGUCUCCGUAUCAACUCAACGGGCAGCUCCUCAGAGGACAGAGAGAAGAUCAAACAGUUUUCUCAGCAGGAGGAUAAGCGGCAGAAGGCAGAGAGGCUGCAUCAGCAGCAGAAACACGAGAACCAGAUGAGGGAGAUGAUUGGCCAGUGUGACAGCAAUAUCAGAGAGCUGCAGCAGCUACAGAAUGAAAAAUGUCACCUGUUGGUUGAGAAUGAGACUCAGAGGCUCAAGCAGUUGGAUGAACAACACAACCAGCUGCUGAAGGACUGGAGGGAUCAGCUAAAGCCCAGAAAAAAGGCCCUUGAAGAGGAGCUAAACCUCAAGAAAAGGGAGCAGGAGGCUUUCUUCAGGAUGAGUGAGAGUUCUGAUUGCCCAAACCCAAGUUCUCCGAACAAACUCUCCAAGUUUGUGCCUUACCAAGACUCUUCAACCACAUAAAAACAGCCGUUGUGACGUUGGAAUAUCUUCUGCCAACUGUUAGCACCAACACACACUCACCCGCACACCCACAGGCAUUACAAUAGCCUACUGCCUCAGUUUUAAUUUGCUUUGCCUGUGAUGGCAGCAUACUUAUCCCUCUUUUUAGGUUCCUUUAAUGUUUUACUGAAUAUUUAUGUUUUAACUAAUGUUCUAAGAUUUUUUUUUUUUAAAAGUGCUGUAGUAUUUGAUGGAUGUAAAAGUCACCAUGUGCUUCACAUGAAUCGAUUACAUAGCAUCUGCUUGUAUACAGUGUUUUAACAUUUUUCUUUUCAAGUCUGCUUCGUAUUGCUCACCGAUAAACACGAGGGUAAUAUGAUACGUGGCUGUGAGCAGAACAUGCAGUACCAAACUUAAUGAGUAAAAAUAUUGAAUAAAAAAUACUAUUUGGCUGAGAGGAAUUUAAUUUUGCAUGAGGGGAAGAAUGUGUUUCUAUGAAAGCUGGGUGAGCCAGUACAUAAGCAUUUUUGUUAAAUUAUAAGUGCCGUCUUCCAAAUAUCAUGACCAAAAAGCACACCCAAAAUGUAAUUGACUUACCUUUUUCUGAUGUUUUCCAUUUCUGUAUGCCUUGACUCAUUGACCGGUUUUGUCCAUAAAUCGGAUGCAUGUCAUAUAGCAGCUAAAGUCUGCUGUUAUUUAUUUUUACUGACAAAAAAUGACCUUAUCCAGAAUAAUCACUGUAAAUGCUAAUUUAAAUAUUUAAUCUUUUUUUUUAACACCCCUGGUAUGAAGGAUGUGCUUAUUAUUUUGUAUCUUGUUUGAAAUGAGGGAUGAUGCUUAUCCAGAUCAGAAUGUAAUUGUUUUUUUUAAAUGAUUACUUAGGAAUGAGAUUUUAACAGACAAGGCAAGGCUCAUUGUUAUUCACAUAGUGUUGCUAUUAUGACCUUUGUUUGUUUUUUCUGUUGUAUUUUUACUGUAAAUUCAGUCACUGGAUGGGAACUAACGAAGCCAAAGCGAAAUACUGUUCUUUGAAGGACGUUAGAUAGGGGAUUUAAGAAAAUGUAUCAAUGUAUAAUUGUUAUACCGUGUGCAGUAAAUGCACUGCCUGCUAACCAAAGUGCAAUAUUACAUGUAUGUUUUUGCUAAGCUUAAAGAGGUUUUAUUUUUCUUAAUAUUUGCCUUCCUUUGCACUGAGAGGGGAAAUAAUAUAUAGAGUUUAACUCCAAAAAUAGAUAUAACAUGCUUUUUGAAAGAAACCGCAUUGCUUAAAAAUGCCAUCUUCAUAAUUUUAAGUACUUGGGAAGCAAUAAUUUAAUUUUUCAAAUGCUGAUUUUUGGAACAUAACUUUUCAUAUUAUUUUUAAGGGAGUGCAACAAUUCAGCAUGCUGUUAGAUGCCUCUAGAUGUUUAAUCUUAAAACCUGGAACCGAAGGUGUGCAGCUGAGGAACUGUUGCCUCUUUGAGUGAGAAAGUGUUUUUAGAGCAGUUUGGCCAACAGAUUUACAUUGAACUAGGCCAGCAAUCAGGUACGGCUCUCUCCCUCUCACUCAAUCUCUCAAAAGUAUUUCCAUUUGUUGUAAAACUGAUCUUUUCUGUCAUGUUUGUCUCCGUGUCUUUCCUUCCUCUCUGCCUCAGUUUACAUGAUAUUGUUUGUAUGGAGGGUUUGUGAGUGUGAAUGAAACUAUUAGAAGGAACCACUGUUGUAAAUAACUCUUAAUAAAGCCAGAUUUUCUAAUUA